UCAUCACGUCUUCAUCAUCAUCACGUUUCUUCAUUGCAGUGGACUAAUCAAGUCCGUUUUUUUAUCAUAGGUAAUUCCUUUUUCUGAUUUAAUUAAUUUUGGUUGUACAUUUGAUUAGUUUUUGCAUUUUGUUCACUGUAAUCUCGUUUUUUCCUUCUCCUCCUCUUAUAAGGGCAGCAAAUAAUUUGUUUUUUAUUCAAUUACUUUUGAUGGAUGAUGAGAUUGAUACACUAACAUGGGAAAUAAGUGCUCAAUCACCGAUAAUUGAGGCUUUAAUAUCAAAAUACAAGUUUAAACUAAAAUAUGGAGGCUUCUUUCGGUUAGCGAGGAACUCGUGUAGGCAAGUAUAUUGUUUUGGAUCUACAAAAUCUCUCUAUAUAGACACAUGUUCGUAUGACUUUGAUCAUCUAGUUGAAGAGGUGAAAAAACAUUAUCCAUCACAAAGUGAUAUUGUUUUGUCAAUAGUAUUUGUUGACAAACAUGCAAAAGAGCAAUGCUUUAUUGAACUUGAUAAUGAUGAGAGGUUCAUGGUGAUGCUUAGCAUGUAUAAUGAGGAGAAAGAAGUAACAAUUCAUGCGACAACCGAAAAAUUAAGAUAUAAGGUUAAACAGUUUAGUUCUCAAGAUCACGUUAUUGAUGAACCUGAUGAUGAAAAUGAGACAGACUCAAUUUGUCCAAGUCAAGAAAGCUAUCAUAGUCCUCAUAAUUCCGAUAAUGAAACUGAGCUUCUAGAUUAUGGUGAAACUUAUGCAUAUAGUAAAUCAAAUCCAUUUAUGAAAGUGAAUUCUAGAUUCCCAGGUGUAAUUGCUUUUAGAAGAGCAUUAAACCAUUAUGCACUAAUAAAUGAAUUUGAGUAUAAUAUUGAGAAAAGUGAUUUGACAAGACUUACAGCAUGUUGUGGAGAUAAAGAGUGCAAGUGGAGAAUUCAUGCUUCUGUUACACAAGAUGGAGUUACUUUUGAAGUUAAGAAAUUUGUAGAAACUCAUUCUUGUACUCGAAGCAACAAGUGUGGUAACAAACAUGCCACUCAAGGAUGGAUUGCUGAUGUUGUAACCGACAAGUUGAAAUCUGAAGGCGAUGUCUCUCCUGCCGACCUAAAAAAGUGGCUUAUGCAUAGCUACAAUGUUGAAGUGCCAUAUAUGAGAGUAUUUAGAGGAAGAGAACAAGCUUAUACUGACAUGUAUGGAAAGUGGGAUGACUCUUAUGUACAUAUAUAUGAUUUUAAACAGGAACUUGAAAAGAGAAACCCAGGAAGUGUCGUGGAGAUUGAUUUAUAG